GAAGUCACGUGAAGAAAGAGAGGAAACGCAGCAGAUGGGUUUAUUCAUAGGGCAAAACAAGUGAACAUGACUACUAGCACUCUGACACAGGGUCUGGAGAGGAUCCCUGAUCAACUGGGUUAUUUGGUGAUCAGUGAGGAUGGCGUAUUGGCGUCUGCGGGAGAGCUGGAGAAUGAUGAGCACACAGCGGGGGUCAUAAUGCAGAUGGUGCGGACAGCAUGCCGCUUCAGACUGCAGGGUGCUGCUGAGCCGCCCUUCAAACGCAUGUCAGUCAUGCUAGAGGACUAUGUGUACACAGUGACCGUGUCUGGUCAGAAGGUAUUUGUGGUGAAACGUCAAAACAACCAUAGGGAACCUGUAGUGGUGUAGAACCGUGUAGUGAAGAUGGGUUGGGAGGAUGAAGGCCACCACUCCAAUCAACGCACUCACACAGGACACGGACUCAGUAAUCCACUGAACUGUUCCGUUCCUAGUUCUAUAAGGUUUCAGAACAACAAAUACUGAACAAAAAUAUAAAUGCAACAUGCAACAGUUUCAGAGAUUUUACUGAGUUAAAGUUCAUAGAAGGAAAUCAGUCAAUUGAAAUAAAUUCAUUAGGCCCUAAUUUAUGGAUUUCACAACUGGACAGGGGUGCAGCCUGGGAUGCCAGGCCCAUCCAAUCAGAAUACGUUUUUCCUCAAAAAAUGGCUUUAUUACAGACGGAAAUACUCCUCAGCACCCCCCAUUCCCCUAUGUGAAGAAGCUGGAUGUGCAGGACCUGGGUUGGCGUGGUUACA